CCUUUUCAAACCUCUCCUCCCCUACACCCUUCUCUGUCUCUUCUUCUCCAGGCUAUUUCUCUCUUUCUCUCUCUCACCCCUUUAUAUAAAGCAUCCACUGUUAUCUUUAUCAUUAUAUACCUACCCUCAAAUCGUAACAACAAAGAUUUAGAGUCUUGGAAUUGAAACUUACACGGGAAGUCGAAGUAGAGGAGGAAACAUGGGGAGGGCUCCUUGCUGUGACAAAGCCAACGUGAAGAAAGGCCCAUGGUCUCCAGAGGAAGACGCCAAGCUCAAGGCCUAUAUUGAGCAGCAGGGCACCGGCGGCAACUGGAUUGCCUUGCCCCAAAAGAUAGGCCUUAAGAGAUGUGGGAAAAGCUGUCGCCUACGAUGGUUGAAUUAUCUUCGCCCAAACAUCAAGCAUGGCGGUUUCUCCGAGGAAGAAGACAACAUAAUCUGCAGCCUCUAUCUUACUAUUGGAAGCAGGUGGUCAAUAAUAGCAUCGCAAUUACGAGGGAGAACAGAUAAUGAUAUAAAGAACUACUGGAACACUAGGUUGAGGAAGAAGCUGCUGGGUAAGCAGCGAAAGGAGCAGCAGGCCCAGGCUCGUCCAAACCUAGUCAUGAAGAACGAAACUGAAAAUUUGGUGACACCUGUGACCCAAAAUCCCACCUGGCCAGCCCUCCUGUGCGUUCCAACAUCUGUUUCCGCCCAACAGUAUCAUGAUCCCAACCAUGGCAGCUUGCCAAACAAAGCAGAGGGAACAUUCUCACAGAAUCACCAGCAAUCAUACUCAGACACACUUUCCCAUACCAUAAAUUCCCACUACCCACUUCUCCAUCAACUAGAACAGCAACUAUACCCAACCUCAAUAAAUUCAGCAACGGCACCGCUGGCGAAUAAUAGUAGCAGCGGCAGUUGUCAGUCGUCGUCGAACAUUCUCGAAGGCUUUGAAAGCUUCACUGAUGAUUACUGGAGUGAGUUGGUGGGUAUGAGGCCGCAACAGCAACUAGAUGCAGCGUUGCAGGGUUACUAUGGAAUGGGUAGCAGCGGUGCAGCUUCAACAGAAAGCACUAGCUGGGGUGAUAUCACCUCUCAUCUGCAGGUUUACUCUCCUCUGAUUUCUGGAUACGAAAGUGUCCAACAAGGAACGCCUCACGAUAUCGCUUGUUUCGAGGAGUCUACUUACUAUGGAGUGCAAUAGCAGUUCUCUAUGAAGGGGGUGCUGUAAAUCUGUACCGGAAUAUCAGCUUAGAGUUCACUGCUUUUCCAUCCCUCAGAGUUUUGUUUGUUUUCCUUCUAGCUAGCUAGUUUUAUCUUUAUUUCAGCUGCUUCAUUUUGCAAUAUUUGCUUCAUUAUUUGAAAACAACAUCUUCAUUCUGACCGGCCUGUUUAAUUUCCCUUUUCUUCUGCCCCCCUGGGUAUGCUAUAAUUAAUAAGACUCCUAAUUUAUUUAUCCAAGUGCAUAUAUGUCA